CGCACACUCUAUCACGUGUUCUCUCCGUUCACCAAUGGGUGGAAGCACCGCCUCAGCCUGCUCCCGCCCCCCCAGACUCGCCCGGCCAAUCGGAAGCGGUGGGGUGUGUGUGUGUGUGUGUGUGUGUGUGUGUGUGUGUGUGUCCGUCCGUGUGUGUGUGCGCGCGCGCCCGUGCGCGCGCGCGCGGGCAAGUGGGGAGGGGGACCAGCUCCGGACCGGCGGGCCCUGCUCGCAAGUCCCGGGGUCCUGGUGGCGGCCGGAACGGUUGGUCCGCAGGCGGCGGGCGGGUGGCUCCCCCCUCCCGCCCCAACCCAGCGCGUGCGCGCCCCGGCCCCUCCCUCCCGGCCACCCUCCUCGGCUCCCGCGCGGCGGCGGCGGUUCCUCUCCCCUCCCCCAGCCCUGGCUCCGGGGGACCCCGCGAUGCCGGUCCGCACUGAGUGUCCCCCGCAGGCCGGUGCCUCGGUCGCCUCCGCGGCCUCGCUCAUCCCGCCGCCGCCCAUCAACACCCAGCAGCCCGGCGUGGCCACCAGCCUGCUCUACAGCGGCUCCAAGUUCCGCGGCCACCAGAAGAGCAAGGGGAACUCGUACGACGUAGAGGUGGUGCUGCAGCAUGUGGACACGGGGAACUCUUACCUCUGUGGGUACCUGAAGAUUAAAGGCCUUACUGAGGAGUAUCCAACCCUUACGACCUUCUUUGAAGGAGAAAUAAUCAGCAAAAAACACCCUUUCUUAACUCGAAAGUGGGAUGCGGAUGAAGAUGUUGAUCGAAAACACUGGGGCAAGUUUCUGGCUUUUUAUCAGUAUGCAAAAUCAUUUAAUUCCGAUGACUUUGAUUACGAAGAGCUGAAAAAUGGGGAUUAUGUCUUCAUGAGGUGGAAGGAGCAGUUCCUGGUUCCAGACCACACGAUCAAAGACAUCAGCGGUGCUUCCUUCGCCGGGUUCUACUACAUCUGCUUCCAGAAGUCGGCGGCCUCCAUAGAGGGCUACUACUACCACAGGAGCUCGGAAUGGUACCAGUCGCUCAGUCUGACGCACGUCCCCGAGCACAGCGCGCCCAUCUAUGAAUUCCGGUGACAGUGGCUCAGAAUAGCAGCCGAAUAAACCGAACUUGGCAAAA